CUCUCUCUCCCUCUCUCCCUCUCUCUCUCUCUCUCUCUCUCUCUCCCUCCCUCUCUCUCUCUCUCUCUCUCUCUCUCUCUCUCUAACUCUCUCUCUCUCUCUCUCUCUCUCUCUCUCUCUCUCUCUCUCUCUCUCUCUCUCUCUCUCUCUCUCUCUCUCGUCUUUGACUUUGUUUAGUUUGCUGUACAAGUGCAUGUACUACAUGUAACACCGUUGACUGCUGUGUGAAAUCUCUUCAAGACUUGCUCUCUGUUCUCUUCGUAUUUUUAUUGUAGGCGUGUAUACCUUUCGUAUCAGGACAGUGUCCAUUUUUUCCGGCCAAAGCAGGUGCGUACUCAAGUGUAUUAUGAGCUGCUUAUCGCCUAUAAGGACUAUGUAGCAAAGCGAGGCUUUGUCGCUGUUAACCUUUGGGCAUGCCCUCCUGGGAAAACCAAGACUAUAUUUUCAACUGUCAUCCACCAGGGCAAAGGAUACUCACACAACAGCUUCUAAUACCGUGGUACAAGACAAUUCUGGACAGUGCAGUUGCUCGAAAAGUUGUUAUCAAGUUUCGCGAUAUUCACCAGUCUACACUUCAAGAUCAAGUCAGCGUACCGACCGGUAUGCCAUACUUUGAGGGUGAUUCCUGGCCUAAAGUGUGUGAGAAGAUCGCCCAGGAGGAAAAAGCGGAGAAGAUCGCAGCUGAGGCCGAGAAGAAUGGCAAGAAGGGAUGCUCCCAGCCGCAGUACGGCCGAAAGAAGAAGAGCAAGCCAGCACCGGCACGGAAGAGAAAAGAUUUCGUUGCGCGUGUCCUGGCCCGGCUUGAGAAGGAUAAAAGUGCAUUCUUCACCAUCACGCUUAUUUCUUCAGAAAAGGUUGCCAACCUUAAACCCAUGCAGGAGGAUGUUGCCGAGCAGCAAAGCAGCAAUGUGAUGGAGAGUCGGGAUUCAAUUCUUGCGUACUUUCGUAAGAAUCAUCUCGAGUUUACAACUUUGCGGCACGCGCAGUACGCUACACUGUGCAUGCUCAUCGAGCUGCAAAGCCAGUGCAAUGUAAUCGUCUACCGCUGCAAUACCUGCAUAGCGGAAAUUAUUGGAAGUCGUUUCCAUUGCCCAGUGUGUGACGCAUUCUUCACCAUCACGCUGAUUUCUUCAGAAAAGGUUGCAGACUUUGAGCUCAUGGAGGAGGAUGUGGACGAGCUGCAAAGCGGCAAUAUGAUGGAGUGUCGGGAUUCAUUUCUUGCCUACUGUCGUACGAACCAUCUUGAGUUUUCAACUUUGCGGCACGCGCAGUACGCUACACUGUGCAUGCUCAUCGAGCUGCAAAGCCAGUGCAAUGAAAAUGUAAUCGGCUACCGCUGCAAUACAUGCAUGGCUGAAAUUAUUGGAAGUCGUUUCCAUUGCCCAGAGUGUAAGGAUUUUUACCUUGUGCUAAGUGCCAUCAGGAACGCGGCCAUGAUCACCUGAUGGAGCAACAUGGUCGGCGGUGAUUAAAGCUUUGAAGCCAGUGAAACAAUAAUAUCAAUGUUAUAUUGCUUUUGUGUCCAAUUAUUUAUUUUGAGUUGUUUUCCGCAAUCACUUAAGUUUGAUGAUAUGCAUGUUGACUUGCCCGUACAAGAGUCUUUUUAUACAUGAUAAUUAUACACGAUGAUUUUUUAUGAUGAUGAUGAUUUUGAUAAAAACCAUUCAAAGCCACUCAGUGAUUUUGUAAUACUUGAAGUAUACAUAUAAGCGCAAUCAGUAAUACAAGCUGGAUCGACAUUUGUGUACACUUUA